UAUGUACAAAGUUGAGAUUUGUAUUUAUUUGUAAUUUGUGCUAACUGAAGUUGGGUGGAAGUCAGUUUUCAGUAGUGUACGAGACGCGCUGACAAACGUUGCGAUUCGCUGGGAGGCUUCCAUAAAUUGUGAUUCCCUUGAUAUUUAAAUAGUGAAUAGAAUUUUCCUUGAUUAACGGAAGUGUGCAUCGAGCAAUUCAAAGAGUGGUGCUGUGGCUAUUUCAUAUAUUUUGAAUUGAAACAAUGUCCUUGGAAAUCGUAGAAAACCAAAAAAGAUCUGUAUUUAGUGAAAAUUUCUAAAACAAAACAAUUUUAAAAGUGCUAAACAAAAAAAUCCAAUACUACCGUUGUAUAAAAAGUGAAAAAGUUUUCAAAUAUAAUAUUUAUUUAAAAUAAAGCAAAAAAUGACAGAAAUAAACAACAAAUAUGUCUUAAGCAUCUUGCUUGCACUGACACAUUUAUUAGCAGCGCAAGCAGAUCCGCAACUGGAUUUGCCACCGUUAAACCCCGACGUGCAAGGCCCGGAAUUACUUUACAACUCGCUCACACCCAGGACGCCCGCGAGUCCGCUGCAAACCUUGGGUGACUUUGAUCGCAGUCAACGUUACGGACCGCCUUAUGCCAGCGAUGGACUCAACGAUGAUGGCGCUGAUGAUUUUAGAAAUGGCCAAACUUAUGACGAACGCAUGCGCUAUGGUUACACCUACAACGCUAGAGCGCAGAACCUGUCUCGUCCUGUCGCUGAUUCGCCCUUCAGUGACUACAACAGUAACAACUUGGGGCAACAACAACGUGAUAAUCCUCGUUAUCCCAAUCAUAAUUAUGAUAAUCCCAGCGAUCGUUUCGGCAAUAACAACCGCUAUGCAGAUAACUUCGAUGAACGACAGCGUGACCGUGACCGUUACAAUAACGACAAUCUUGAUCAAGCGCGCUUUAAUAACCCCAAUAAUGAUUACAAUGCACGUUUCAACGGGAAUCAGCCGCCAGUUGGUGGCAAUUUGGAUCCGAAUAGUCCGUUUAAUUCCAACAAUCCGUACGGCAAUGAUCGCAACCGUUUUGAUAAUCCCUUUAGACCGAAUCAAGAUCGUUUCAAUUUGAAUAAUGAUCGCUACUUCGAGCGACAACGCUUCCAACAGGAUAGACGUUAUCAAAUUGAAUUGGAGAAACUGCGUAAUCUCUUGGUGGAGACCGAUCACAAGGGUUCGUUGGAGUGCACAGCAAAUGUGGGUGCUCAGUGGAACUUCGAGACUAAUGUGAAUGAGAUAACGCAGGCGGAAGCGUUCAAUGCUCAACAGCAAUAUGUGGACUUCCUGCGCUUGGUAGCCGAGCAAUCAAAGAACAUAAAUAAAGAUCUGAUACUCGAUCGGCGACUCUAUCGUCAGUGGAUGUUACAGUCCGAAGCGGGACCCAAUGCUUUACCCAUAGAAACUUUGGAUCGGUACAAUCGCCUAAUCAAUGAGAUGCUAUACAUUUAUAAUGAGGCCACCAUUUGCGCCUAUCAACAGCCCUUCAUCUGCAAUCUACGCUAUAUACCCGAUCUGAAGGAGAUAAUGUCAAAAAGUCGCGACUGGGAUGAGCUACAGCACACUUGGGUGGAGUAUCAUCGCAAAGCGGGCCGAGAAAUGCGCGAUGGUUAUGAGCAGUUGGUGGAUGUGAUGAAUGAAGUGGCUUAUGUCAACAAUGUCACAAAUGGUGGUGAAUUCUGGUAUCUACCCUAUGAAUCGGCGAAUUUUCGUCAGGACGUCGAAAAUGUGUGGGAACAGAUACGUCCUCUCUACGAGGGUCUACACUCGUAUGUGCGUCGCAAGUUGCGCGACUACUACGGUCCAAAUCGCAUUAACCGCAUCGCACCGAUACCCUCACAUAUACUCGGUAAUAUGUACGCGCAAUCGUGGUCUAAUAUUUUAGAUAUCGUCAUACCUUAUCCCGGUCGUAAAUUGGUCGAUGUAACACCGCGUAUGAUUGAACAAGGCUAUACACCGCUGCUGAUGUUCCAAUUGGCGGAGGAGUUCUUCACAUCAAUCAACAUGUCUGCCGUGGGUCCCGAGUUCUAUACUAACUCAUUGCUCGAACAACCAUUGGACGGACGUCGUGUGUUCUGUGAACCAUCCGCAUGGGAUUUCUGUAAUCGUCAUGAUUUUCGCGUAAAAACCUGUUCGGAGAUUAGUCAGAAGGGUCUGCUGAGCGCACACCAUGAGAUGGCGCACAUACAGUACUUUUUGCAAUACCGCCAUUUGCCGAAGGUAUUUCGCAAUGGCGCUAACCCCGCGUUUCAUCAGGCGAUUGGCGACGCUAUCAUGUUGUCUGUAUCCACCUCGAAACACUUCCAAACUAUCGGUUUGCUGCAACGCUCCGUGGAUGAGUCGAGUUAUGAUAUCAAUUACCUCAUUACGAUGGCCUUAGAUAAGGUGGCUUUCUUACCUUUCGCUCUGGCUCUUGAUAACUGGCGUUAUGACGUCUUCAGCGGGAAUACAAAUAAACAUACGAUGAACUGUCACUAUUGGAAUCUUAGAGAACGCUACGGCGGUGUUAAGCCACCAGUGCUUCGUUCGGAAAAGGACUUUGAUUUGGGCGCAAAGUAUCACAUACCAGCGAAUAUACCAUACAUUAAAUACUAUGUCUCGACAAUUCUACAGUUCCAAAUAUACCGUGGCAUGUGUCGCGUGAGCGGUCAGUAUGUACCCGGUGAUCCGCGUAAGCCUUUGCAUCGCUGCGAUGUGUACCGCCACCCGGAAGCAGGGAACUUACUGAAAAGUAUAAUGGCUAAAGGCGCCUCACAGCAGUGGCAGGAGGUGCUUGAGGAGACGCUCGGCGAAGGUCGUCUGGAUGGCACGGCGCUGCGUGAGUACUUCGCGCCGCUCGAGGAAUGGCUGCGCCUGGAGUCGCUGCGCACAAAUGAGUUUGUCGGCUGGAAUUACGACGGUGAAUACUGCAAGCGCAGCAUUGAGACGGCGAAUCUACAAGUCACUGGUGGUUACUACAAUGCGGCCACUUCGGUCGUUUGCGUGCAAUUGCCAAUGCUGUUGUUGUUGGCUUGGGCAUUGCUCUUCAUGUGGCGCAGCAUCUGAAGAAAAUUAAACUUUCGAAGUUUAAUGAAGAAGUGUGGAUUUCUACUAUUUUAUGUUUAUGGUUAUAUAUGUAUAUUUAUUACUUUUGUACAUGCUUAAUGUUGCUUAAGCGCAAAGUUAACGCUUAUGGAGUUUUGUUAUAAAUAAAA